AUGUUUAGAACUGCAUUACAAGGGAGAUCCCAUAUAACGAGUGUGUCUAGGGCCACACUUCGUUUAUUGGCCACCAGUCCUCGCUGUUUCCAAAAGAAACCAACCGGUGGAGACGUACCAAAUAAAAAAAUUGACAGCCAUUUAAAUUUUUUAUCAAAAUACUACAAUCAAGAUUUAUUACAAAGUAUCAAGAUCACUGAAUCAUUGGUGGAUCCAGAGACCGUGUUGGGAUUAUCCAAGAAAGGACCAAAUGCCAAAUCUAAAGUUGCCCCAACCAAUGAAUCAUUCGAUUAUUCAAUAACUGAUGCAAAAUGGCAAGAACCAAUAUUAUAUCCAAAUCAACCAGACAAGAAAACACCAUAUCCAAGUAUUCCAAAUGUUGCCGCUCCGGAUAACACCCAUUUAAAGAUUCGUUUCCAAUCCAAUAAAACUGAUGCCAGGCCUUCAUUAAGAGACGUUGCUGAAGAACAAGCAACUGGUAUAGCAAAAUUAACUGGUUUAGAUAAACAAAAAAUCCGUAACUUAUAUUCAAGAGCAAUCUAUUUAAGAAGAGUCAGUUGUCAAACCAGAAAAGGUAAAAUUCCAAGUUUCUAUUGUUUAACUGUAGUUGGAAAUAAAGAUGGUUUAAUUGGUUUGGGUGAAGGUAAAUCAAGAGACGGUAUGAGAGUGGCUAUUAGAAAAGCUCAUUGGAAUGCAAUUAAAAAUUUAACUCCAAUUCCUCGUUACGAAAAUAGAACCAUUAUUGGUAAUAUCGAUUAUAAAUUCCAUGCAGUUAAAUUAUCUUUGAGAUCUGCCCCUGCUGGUUUUGGUUUAAGAGUUAAUCCAAAUAUCUUUGAAGUUUGUCAAGCUGCUGGUAUUAAAGAUUUAGGUGGUAAAGUUUUCAAGUCAAGAAAUAAAAUGAAUACCGUCAAAGGUUUUGUUGAAGCUCUCACCAAACAAAGAUCUUUAGAAGAUUUGGCUGCCGGUAGAGGUAAAAAAGUCCUCGAUUUAAGAAAAGUCUAUUAUUCUGCUUAAUCUCCCUUUCUUCC